AUGCUGCUGGACGCCGGCCCGCAGUUCCCGGCCCUCGGAGUGGGCACCUUCGCCCGGCACCACCACUCGGCCGCGGCGGAGAUGCAGGACCGGGAGCUGAGCCUGGCGGCGCAGAACAGCUUCGUGGACUCGGCGGCGGCGCACAUGGGCGCCUUCAAGCUCAACGCCGGCGCCCACGACCUCUCCCCCGGGCAGAGCUCGGCGUUCACCUCGCAGGCGCCCGGUUACCCUGCCGCCGCCCUGGGCCCCCACGCCGCUCAUGUCGGCUCCUACUCCGGGGCGCCCUUCAACUCUACCCGGGACUUCUUGUUUCGCAGCCGGGGCUUCGGGGACUCGUCGCCGGCCGGCGGACAGCACGGCAUCUUCGGCCCUGCGGCCGGCAGCCUGCACCACCCGCACACGGACGCUCAGAGCCACCUCCUCUUCCCGGGCAUCCACGACCAGCACGGUCCCCACGCCUCCCAAAAUGUUCUCAACGGGCAGAUGCGACUGGGCUUGCCGGGGGAGGUAUUCGCCCGGUCGGAUCAGUACCGCCAGGUUUCCAGCCCCAGGACUGACCCUUACUCGGCGGCUCAGCUGCACAACCAGUACGGCCCCAUGAAUAUGAAUAUGGGCAUGAACAUGGCAGCCCACCACCACCACCACCCAGGUGCCUUUUUCCGCUACAUGCGGCAGCAGUGCAUCAAGCAAGAGCUCAUCUGCAAGUGGAUCGAUCCCGAACAGCUGAACAACCCCAAAAAAAGUUGCAAUAAAACUUUCAGCACCAUGCACGAGUUGGUCACCCAUGUCUCGGUGGAGCACGUUGGGGGACCCGAGCAGAGCAACCAUGUCUGCUACUGGGAGGAGUGUCCCCGUGAAGGCAAACCUUUCAAAGCGAAAUACAAACUGGUCAAUCAUAUCCGAGUGCACACGGGAGAGAAACCCUUCCCCUGCCCCUUCCCUGGCUGCGGAAAAGUUUUCGCCAGAUCAGAAAAUCUCAAAAUUCACAAAAGGACGCACACAGGGGAGAAGCCCUUCCAGUGCGAGUUCGAAGGCUGCGACCGGCGCUUCGCCAACAGCAGCGACCGCAAGAAGCACAUGCACGUCCACACCUCGGAUAAGCCCUACCUGUGCAAGAUGUGCGACAAAUCCUACACGCACCCCAGCUCCCUGCGGAAACACAUGAAGGUACCCGGCCCCGCAGCCGGCGGCGGGAGGCGGGAGGGCGGCCGCCCAUCGUCUGCCGCAUCAGCGGCGGCGGCGGCGGCGGUGGCGGCGGGCAGGAGGGACCGAGCGAGCCCGCCGGAGACGCGCCGGGAGAUGCCGCCGCACCCGCCGGCAGCGAAAUGA